AGAGCCUUCAGUAUCAAGCCAACCGUCGCGUCGAGUACACGCACCGUUGCCGAGCGUCUUAUAGUCGAGUCUCUUCUAUCACGCCCUCUCUCUCUCUCUCUCUUGUACCACUUAAAAAACUCGUCUUCCCGCAUCAGUGGUUGUGAAGUAACCAUCGUAACCGAAGGCUACAACAUCGACGAAGCCCCUGGAAUCCCUCGGCGGUUGUGGGAAGUCGUGGGUUGUGGAUUACAACCUCAAAUUUGAGGAAAACUUUAAAAAGGCGGAUUUGGGCUUCGGUGGAAUUGUGACAUCGUGUGCCUCGACUGUACCCGGAUAUAUGUUUAUUUAAUUCUAUUUUAAGGUGAAACUAAGCUGAUUUAGCGACGUUUUGUUGUAGAUUUGCAUCAAGAUAAUUCGCGCACACUCACUUCUAGCCUAAACAACGUUAAAAUGCGACGCGAAUCGGCGAAAAACAACAAAAAACACGUUCGACGAAUCGCUACAUGGCACCUCGCGUGAUGACGUCAGCGGAAAUCGUGACGUCACGUCCAAAAUACCCCCAGAACUGUUGGCCCAUCUCUUAAGUGACUUGGGCACUUAACGGAAAGUGUGUGGGGGGAAAAUGCUCCUGAGGACGAAGUGUUGAGACGAAUCCUACUUAAAGAGCUGAGAUUUAUAUACUUAAAUAUAUAUAUAUAUUUAUAUUUAAAUAAGUGCCGUGUAUAACUGUGAUAGAAACUUCCUUGAGCCAAAAGUUUACUUUAUUCUGAUUAUUUUUUUAAGUAUUUCUCGCGAAUUACUUAACACUGCUGGAUCAAAUUGAAGUGAAUUUGGCUUUGUGAAGUAUAUUGAAUAUUUAUCUGUGAUAAGUCGCCUCUGAAAUCGUCUGUGAAUAUAUUUAAAUAAUUUAUUUGAAAAGUGAGGUGUGGACGAAGUGGAAGAUCUGGUAAAACUCUACGGAUUUUACACAUAAAAUUCCAAUAUUUUUGUGACUAUUUUACAAAAUAAUUGUGUAUUUGAGCCAAACUAAGGAUACACAGGUGUAAAUACACUAAACACAGAGUGUAUUUAUACAGAUACACCCAAAUAUUAUCGUUAAAUACUGGAAAACUUCAAGAGAAAUCUUAAAAAAUCUGAACUACUUCAGUGAUUUACACCAAAAAAUUGGUGUAUUCAAGCCAAACUAAGGAUACACAAGCGUAAUUACACAAUACACAGAGUGUAUACAACAGGAUAUUCGACGUAUCUAACCCCAAGUAUCGCCUUUAAAUACAGGAAAACCUCAAGAAAAUAUCUUUGAAAAAUCUCGUGAACUAAUUGAAUGAUUCCCACCGAAACUCGAUACACACAACGUUUCGUAACCAAUUUCCAUCGUUUCAUCCACAAAGAAACUUGGAAAAAAAAAAAUCUAAAUCUCUCAAAAUCUCUAGAACCAGUGGAUCGAUUCGCACCAAAUUUGAAGCCAUGAAAUCGUGCUGCAUUGAACCUCCUGCUAUCCUGGAGGGGGGCCAGGAGGAUCCUCCAAAGGCCCCCCAAGGGGGGGCUCCUCGAUCCUCCCAGGACAUCGCUCUCCUCAAGUUCUUCUUAUUGCUGCAAGUCAGCGGAGAACGGAAGGCGGAGAUCGAGAAACUGCUGCUGGGGGCCGUGGGAUUCAAACCCCACAAGGAUUCAAAGAGUCACUCGGACGCCAACCAGCGGCUUCACGACGAUUCCCAUCCUGCCACGGCAGCGGCCGAAGCAGACCAGCAUCAUCACCAACACAAAUCCUCUACAACUUCCUACUUGAGCAAGAGGUCGUCGCUCACCAAGCGAUGGAGGAAGUCGUCCGUGAAGAAGAAGGGUGGCGGUAGUAGCGAGGAGGACCACCACAAUGCGACGUCUCCCACCAAGUCCUCCAACUCCACCGGUUCCUCUUGCGACUCCUCCUCCUCCGUCAAGUCUGCGCACAGUUCUCCCUCGCCUAGUCAUGAUGCGCAGCCGCAACAGAUCCCAAAUGCCAACACUUGCAACGUCCCUUCAAACGGUCGUCUCAAUAUGGAUGCGAGCGACAUGGCCUUUGCGAACGACUGUGUUGUCGGAGACAGUGACAUGUCUAUGCUACAGAGAUUAGCCCUGAAUGCCCUCAACCUGACCGCGCCGGCCUCCUCGGUCCUCCUAAACAACCGCCGAAACAACUGGAUACAGCUCUCCGGCCACCCCGGGUCCUUAGCACCGGCAGGUCCCGGCACCAUAUGGAAGAAGCGCGGUCCGGAGCCAGUGGAGACAGAAGCCUACAAAGCCCUCGCCACAGAUCCUGCCAGGGAGAUAACCCCAACCUUCUUCAGGGAGAUAAAGUAUCAGGAAGAAUAUUUUAUAGAAAUGGCCGAUCUUCUGUACAGCUUCAACAACCCUUGCGUCAUGGACAUCAAGAUGGGCACUCGGACAUUCCUGGAGACGGAAGUCUCCAACACCACAGCUCGACACGAUCUGUACGAAAAGAUGAUUAAGGUUGACGCCUCGGCACCCAGCAGUAAAGAGAGCGAGGAGAAGGCCGUGACCAAGCUGAGGUACAUGGACUUCCGCGACAACAUGAGCUCAUCCCGUUCACUCGGUUUCAGGAUAGAAGCCUUGAAGAUGAGCGGAAGUGACGCAAUCACCGAACUCCAGACCGUCAGGAGCCGAGAAGAGGUAGCUAACAUCAUGACAGGGUUCUUGAAAGGGAGAGAGAGCACGAAACGGCAAAUAAUCGAACGCCUUCACCACUUGAGGAAAGUCUUUGUCAAUUCGCCGUUCUUUCAGGGUCACGAGGUAAUUGGAAGCAGUAUAUUGAUAAUCUAUGAUGACGACAAGGCUGGCGUGUGGAUGAUCGACUUUGCCAAGACGGUUCCCCUUCCCUCUGGGAUGAAGGUGACGCACACAAAGCCGUGGGAACUCGGAAAUCACGAGGAGGGUUACCUCUUCGGGAUCGAUAAUCUCUUGCGGGUUGUGGACGAAGUGCCUGUGACAAAGACCAAAAAGCUUGGGUUGUUCUGUACGCCUUGAGGACCAGUUGUGUGAAUUACGUACCAGAUUGUGAAGGGAAUGGAACCGUUAAAUGAGAAUCUUGAAGUGUAUGGCAGUCUCUCUCUUUACCAGUAUGGAAACACAGAUGAGUGAAGACAGUAAAAAAAAAAAAAAAGAUUCAGCUUCGAAUGAGUCACGGCAGCCUAUAAACCAUGUCCGCUAUUGACAGCUGCUCCGUUGUACGUACUACGUACCGUCGUUAGCCACAUUCCCAAAGGAAUCUUAUGUUUGCUAGUUUCAACUCCUCCUCCAUGACUCGGGCGAAACGCCCAAGAACUCGUCUCUAUUCCCGGAAAGGUUCGGUGCCGACGGAGACGUGUGCGUAUGUGCAAGACACUGACCCGCAGACGUUUUUCGUCACUGUGAAAGAGUUAACGUAAUAUUAAUAAUUUAAGUUAUAUAUGAAUUUGUAAUGAGAUAUUUUUAUAAUGUAUGAUAUUUCCUGUACAGAUAUAAUAUGAAUUGUGAUACAAUCUUCUAUAUUUUGUCUACCAACUCCUCCUUAUCUAGUGUAUUAUAGUAGGUAGUUCGGAUAGAUGCAUUUUGUUGUUUUUAAAAUAUCAGACGUCGAACUCAGGUUUACCGUUGUACAAGUAUUAUCCAGUAUCUAAUCAUGACGUUGAACCCGUGAAUUGUUACGAUGACCUUCGGACUUCCAGGAUAGAUUGUGGGAACACUUUUUAAACUUUUGUGCAUUACUUUUGUAAGUAUUUAAAUACAGAAUGUUAUAAAAGUA